CGGUCUUCAGUUCGUUGCACGCCGCCGUUUCGCAGAGAAGAGGAUGACCAAUCUCAACGGGUCCAGGCUUAAGGUUCUCGUCAUGGGUGCCAGAGGCGUCGGAAAGUCAGCUGUCACUGUCCGGUACCUAACAAAGCGCUACAUUGGUGAAUACAGUUCCAGUACAGAAUUCCUAUACAAACAGACAGUGAACAUUGACAACUUAACAACUCAAGUAGAAAUACUGGAUUCUUCGCACUGUGAGGAUCGCUGCUGUCUCCAAGAUCACAUCGGCUGGGCAGAUGCUUAUGUUGUGGUAUACAGUGUAUGCGACAGAGGAACCUUUGAAGAGGCUCGUCGCCUUCUUGAAACAGUCGGACUCAGCAAAGGAGCCCGCCGAGCACCUGCCAUUCUCUUGGGCAACAAACGAGAUCUGGAGAGAGGACGACGAGUGGCCGUAGACGAUGGUCAUGAAGCCUCUCUACAGUUCCGUUGUCAAUUCUACGAAGUUUCAGCUGCAGAAAAUUAUGUGGGCGUGAGUCUUGCAUUUCAGUCACUUAUGAGAGAGGCAAGGGCAGCCCAACAGUUAAGGACUUUGCCAGUGCGUAGAAAGGCAGGACCUGCGCUUUCCAAAAUGAUUGGUAUGGUGUUUGGUCGAGGAGAUAAAGGUGCAGCUGACAGAAAAAAAAGGCCGUCAUUAUCUAUAUAGUAAUUUUCACUCGCAUCACAUAACUCUGUAUGAUACACAUCAUUAUUCAGCUUCUCGCAGAGAAAAGAACCUUUAUAGUUUGUACUCUGUGUGCAAUUCAAGACCUAUUCAGUUUCUGAGAUAUGUAAGAUAAUUUUUAUGAAGUUAUGCAUUCAAGAGCACAAAUACAAUUGGCAAAUACAAAUGCAAAAUGCUAGAAGCAAGACAUUAAAAUGCUUCACUCUUUUUCUAAAGUUUCCUACUGACAGACAGAUGCGAACAUUUCAAAUCCUAUUUGUACUUUUGGGAGGACAGCAGAUAAGCUAAGCUACAGGCUUUAAAUUUUACCUCCUGCAUGAAAGAAAAACAUUUAAAAAUCAAUUUAUUUUGAUUCAAAUCCUAUUUGUACUUGAGGUUGUAGAUAAACUAAAGUAUAUAUUUUACCUCCUCCGUGAAAGAAACUGUUAGCAAUCAAUUUACUUCGCUUCAGAAGAAUUUCAAUAUUUGAGUGAUAUAUUGCAAAAUAACUCGCAAAAUUCUUCUAAUCAGGAUGCGAUUAUAUCACAAAAGGAAAAAGAUUAUGCACAGGGUUUUAUGCUUAAUUUAAGGACCAUUUAGGAGCCCUCUAAUUAUUUAACUCUCAAAGCUAUUCGCAUCCUUCUACAUCAAGAUCAGAUUUUUAUUCUUUUCUUGUUAAUGUUCCUUCAUUUUUUGAAAUAAAAAAGAGAGGAUGGCUUCUUCUUCAUUUAAAUACAUUCUGCAUUACACGCUCAUUAGACCUACCCAGAAAUGAAACAUUAAAUCCAGGUUUGUGGUAUAUUGCCAAAAAAUCAGAAAUGUUCCAAUUCUUAUGCAUAAUGGAAAAUAUGCAAUGAAAAUAUAAUGUCAAGAACAGCCAACGAAGAAUAAGAAUUGGGAAAUGGUUUGAGAGAUGACAUUUGCUUCUUAUCUAGCAGAUUUCACGUGAAUGCGAAGACCAGAUACGGGGAGUAACAGUCUAAUGCGAUUGGCAAAUAACACCCAAAAGAAAUUUAAAAAAUAUAUUUAAUCAAUCUGCAAACACUACAAAUAAAUUUUAGCGCCGAAAAGUGCCAGCAGAUUUUAACAGUGCAUCGGUAAGUAAUUUGCCACUACAGUAUUAAAACUACCAACAUAAUAGUUAUUGAAAGAUACUAUUAAUAUAAAAUAUUUUUGAAAAUGAAUUCGAAGAUACAAAGCAAAAUUGUCCAUUAAGCCUUUAUUAUGAUUUCUUAUACAACAAAUUUAUUUCAUGAAGCAAAGCAAAAGCAUGGAAAUGGUGUCAUAGUCACAAGAAAUCUGUACAUGAACAAAUGUGUAACUAUAUUAUACAGAACACCAGAAAUACUGAUGAGUGAUAAUAUGAAACGAAAGUGAAAAUAUAUUGACAUAAAAACUACUAAAACUUGAAGCGGACAAAUUAAUGUUAUGAGUUAAAAAGACUGAACUUUGUAGGACUGGUGGUAUCAGCCACACUUGUACAAAAGAAUUUUAAAUUAAAUUUGUUAAUUUAUAAUAAAUAUAUGUCUUUGGA